GGUCCGCAGCCUGAGCACCAGGGCAGGGGGGGAGGAAACCAAGGGAACCGAGGAAACAGGGGGAAUGCUGAAGGAAGAAACCCAGGUGCAGGAGGCGGGAUUGAGGGGAGGAAUGAAGACGGAGCCUGGAGGAGAGGGAGAGGAGGCAGGGCCCAGGCUGGAGGGCAGGAGGGUCCCGGAGGAGGGGGUGCUGCUGGUGGUGGAGGAGCCCCGCGCGUCUGGAAACUGGGGUACCGCGCACUGGAAGAACUGGCUGGGAAGGAGCCCUCAGAAGUGGCCAUCACUCUGUCCUCCAGCGCGGGGUUACGGGAGCUCCUAGAGGAGCCGGAGAUGAGGCAGAAUAUGGUCCAGCUGCUCUGCAAGGUUCUCAGCAAGGCAGUGGGGUCCCGUCUCGACAGGCAGAUCGUGCAGCACCUGGUGAGGGCUCUGAAGGAUUCUGGGUUCCUCAAGACGGUCCUACCUCAAUACAUUAUGGGCAUGAUGAUGGAUCCUAUCCCUGCUCGGAGACACCAAUACCCUGAACACCUGGACAACAUCAUCACACUCUUAUCGGACCUGGUCAGCAUCUUCCCAGCCAGCUCUAUCCAGGUGGUAUCCAUGCUAGUGACGAUCUUGCAGCCUGCAGUCAAUGCACUUCGAGCUUUGGGAGUGGCCAUCACAGAUCAGACCCAACAGGACCUGGAGAAGAUCAAUGAGCUCGUGACCCACCUACAGGAGAAGCGGAGAGAGGGGACCCUGCGCACCGACACCUACACUUUCCUGGGACCCGAGGAAGAUGCACCUGCUGGGGAAGCAGGCUACAAGACCAUGCCCAUCUACCCCAAAUGGGAAGAGAUCCAUCUAAACGACAAGCCUUUUCUGAGGCCCAACAUCGUCUCUCGCAGCUACCCCAGCACACAAGUCUACCUGGACACACACUUCCGCCUGCUCAGAGAGGAUUUCGUCAGGCCACUGCGGGAAGGAAUCCGGGAGAUCCUGCAGACCUACCUCUCUCCGGCAGAAGGACCGGAAGGAAACCUUCGGAAGAAGCGCUUUGACGAUAUCCGGGUGUAUUUUGAUACCCGCUUGCUGACCCCAACCUGCACCCACUCGGGCACGGCCUACAAGGUGCAUUUUGACACCCGGCCCCUCAAGUUUGUCCGCUGGGAGAAUUCGAAGCGUCUUAUUUACGGGUCUCUGGUCUGCUUGUCCCGGGAUAACUUUGAGACGUUCCUUUUUGCCACGGUGGCGGACAGAGACCCAGCGGAGCUCAAGAAAGGGAUUGUGCUUCUCACCUUCACCCAGGAGAGUCGCCCUGCCCUGGCCGAGGUGCAGGCCUCGCACGCCUUCCUCAUGGUGGAGACCACGGCCUACUUUGAGGCCUAUCGGCACGUGCUGGAGGGUCUGCAAGAGGAGGAAGAAGAGGACCUGCCCUUCCAGAGGUACAUUGUGCAGUGCCAGAAGGACGUGGCAGAGCCAGCCUACCUGCGCGCUGGGCCUGGUGCCUAUGACCUGUCUUCCAUUGCCGCGCCCCCUGGAGGACUGCAGGUACCUUGCAAUGUGCUGGACCCCGACGCCUGGCCCAGCAUGGAGGAGCUGGGUCUUGAUGAGUCUCAGCUGAGAGCCCUGAAGCUGGCACUCACCAAGGAGCUGGCUAUCAUCCAGGGCCCACCUGGCACGGGAAAGACGUACGUGGGGUUGAAGAUUGCCCAGGCCCUCUUGAUGAAUGAGAGUGUGUGGCAGCCUGGUCUUGCCAAGGUUCCAGUGCUGGUAGUCUGCUACACCAACCACGCGCUCGACCAGUUCCUGGAGGGUAUCCACACUUUCCUGGACUCUGGGAUUGUGCGAGUGGGCGGUCGCAGCAACAGUGAGAUCCUCAAACGCUUCACUCUGAGAGAGCUGAGGGGGAGCAAUAACUUCCGCAAGAACCUUCCGAACCACCUCCGCCGGGCCUACUACGAGAUAACGAGUGAGCUGGCCCAGGCAGGGCAACGCAUUGAGGAGGAAGCGGGGCACUUGGAGUGCACGCUGCGAGGGGUCCUGCACGAGCAGUACCUGGAGCGCUUCAUCCACGAGGAACACUGGAGCGGCCUCUGCCACCAGCCUUUUUCAGAUGGCUUCCUGAUGUACGGACAGAAGCAAUCCCUGAUUCUAGAGUGGCUGGGACUGGGGAAUUCAGAAUUCCAGAGGAGAGGAGGAGACCCCCUACAGGCAAGGGGAGGAAAUGCAGAGGGGGAGAACGAGGCUGAAGAAGAGGAGGACGAGGAAGAGGAGGAGGAGCUGGUGGAGGUGGAGGAGGAGGCGGCUCUGAUGGAGGCCGAGCGUGUCAUCGAGGGGGUGGAGCCUCAAGGUCACGACUUCAGGAAGAGGAAGGCGGACAGAGCCGUCAGGGACCUCGAGGGACUACUGCUCGCUAUGAGUAUCAACAGCAAGGAAGAGAGAGCUGGACAGAGCGAGGAGGGCUGGCAGAUGCAGAAAAAGCAGAAGCAGAAGAUGAAGAGGCGUGUGAAGAAGGAGCUGGAGAAAAGCUCAGUGAUGAGCGAGGAGGAGGAGAAGAACACUCGGGACAUCUGGAGACUGGAGCUGAGUGACCGCUGGAGACUGUACAGGCUGUGGCUCCUGCGGUACCAGAUUGAGAUGCGCCGCAAGGCCCUGCAGUCGGAGCAGGCCUAUCAGAACGCAGCGGAUCGGCUGGCAGAGAUCCGGCUUCGGGAGGACCUGUGCAUCCUCAAGGAGGCCCGCGUCAUCGGCAUGACAACCACUGGGGCCGCCAAGUUCCGCCGUGUGCUGCAGGAGGUGCAGCCGCGCCUCGUCAUCGUGGAGGAGGCAGCCGAGGUGCUGGAGGCACACACCAUCACCACCCUGAGCAGAGCCUGCCAGCACCUCAUACUCAUAGGAGACCACCAGCAGCUCCGUCCCAGCGCCACAGUCUACGAGCUGGCCAAGAACUUUAACCUAGAAGUGUCCCUGUUUGAGAGGCUGGUCAACGUGGACUUCCCCUACGUCAGGCUCAACUACCAGCACCGCAUGCGCCCCGAGAUCGCCUGUCUCCUGACACCCCACAUCUACUCGGAGCUGGAGAACCACCCCUCUGUCCUGGAGUAUGAGAACAUCAAGGGGGUUUCGUCCAACCUCUUCUUUGUUGAGCAUGACGUCCUUGAACAGGAGAUCCAGGAUGGUCGAAGCCACCAGAACAAACACGAGGCCCAGUUUGUGGUGGCCCUGUGCCUCUACCUCAUCUGCCAGGGCUACAAACCCUCCCAGAUCACCAUCCUCACCACCUACACCGGGCAGCUUUACUGCCUGCGCAAGCUCCUGCCCCAGAAGCAGUUCCAGGGGGUGAAGGUGCACGUAGUCGAUAAGUACCAAGGCGAGGAGAACGACAUUAUCCUGCUCUCCCUGGUCCGCAGCAACAGCUACGGCAAAGUGGGCUUCCUUCAGAUCGCCAACCGGGUCUGUGUAGCUCUGUCCCGUGCCAAGAAGGGCCUCUACUGCAUAGGCAACAUGGCUUUGUUUGGGAAAGUUCAGCUGUGGAGCAACAUUCUGCACACUUUAAGGGAGAAGGGCCAGGUGGGACGUGCCUUGAUGUUGAGCUGUCAGAACCACCCGAACACACGGGCCUUGGUCUCCCAAGCCCAGGACUUCCAGCAGGCCCCUGAAGGAGGCUGCAGCCGGCCCUGCGAGUUCCGCUUGGGCUGUGGCCACGUUUGCACCCGAGCCUGUCACCCGUACGACGCCGACCACAAGGCCUUCCAGUGCCAGAAGCCCUGCCAGAAAGUGCUGUGCAAUCAGGGCCACCGUUGCCCGGGGCUCUGCUUCAAGAAGUGCCAGGACUGCAAGGUGUUGGUGGAGAAAGAGAUCCCCUAUUGUGGGCACAAGCAGAAGGUUCCCUGCCACGUAGACCCCCUGGAUUUCAUCUGCAAGGAGCCAUGCCUGAAAACGCUGGGCUGUGGGCAUCCGUGUGGCAAUGUCUGCGGAGAGGCCUGUACAGAUCACUGCCCAGUUCGGGUCAGGAUGACUUUACAGUGCGGGCAUGUGCAAGAGGAGGAGUGCCACUAUAAGAACAAGGCAUCACGCUUGGGUGAACAACAGCCGGCGUGCAAGUUGAAGUGUGACACUCGGCUCCUGUGCAGUCACCCCUGCCCCGGCACCUGCCACAGCUGCAGCCAGGGUCGCUUCCACAAGGGCUGCCUCCAGCCCUGCGGACGCUCGCUCAUCUGCUCCCACGAGUGCAAGGAGCCUUGCACCAGUGAGUGCCCGCCUUGCAGCCUGCCAUGCCAGAACCGCUGCAUGCACAGCGCCUGCAAGAAAACCUGCGGCGAGCUCUGCCCACCCUGCGUGGAGCCCUGUGAGUGGCGCUGCCGCCACCUGCGCUGUGGGAAGCUGUGCCACGAGCCCUGCGACAGACCUCCAUGCAACCAGCCCUGCGACAAGCCCUUGAAGUGUGGGCACGCCUGCAUUGGAUUGUGUGGCGAGCCCUGCCCGUCUAGGUGUCGCGUCUGCCACCAAGAGGAAGUCACUGAGAUCUUCUUUGGCACAGAAGACGAGCCAGAUGCCCGCUAUGUGCAGCUGGAGGAAUGUGGGCACCUGCUGGAGGUCACGGCCAUGGACCACUACAUGAGCCUGGGGGGCAACGAGGAUGAAGAUGUGGUGAUCAAGCUCAAGGUCUGCCCCAAGUGCCGGACGCCCAUCCGCAAAAACCAGCGAUACGGGACCUCCAUCAACCGCAGCCUGGAGGAGAUCGAGAAGGUGAAAGCCCAGAUCUUGGGCUCCCCUCUGGAGAUUGAGAAGAAGCAGAAGAUGCUUAAACGGCAGUUGAAGGAGAAGGUGGCCAUCCACCUCCACCUGCCCAAGGAGAACGAGAGCCUGAAGUCAGGGCUGGAGCACUCUGGGCUCUCGCUUGGGGCAUUAGGGAUCCUUGAGAACAAGAUGGUCUUCUAUGAGCGCCUGGCAAAGCUGAUAGGGGGUGAGAGAGACAUGGAGGAGGAGGAAUGUAGGCGUUUCAGGGUUCGGGUAGGGGAAGUCCUGGAGUGGCUUGACCGGCCUCACCUGAGGUUCUCUGAGCAGCAGCUGUCUGAUCUUAAGAGCGAGAUCCAGCGGUUGACCUUCCUGGCCGAUUUCAACAUGCGGUGCAAGCAAGCAUCCUCCAGGCGGCUGGGCCCCGAGGUGAGGUCAGAGCUGGCAGGACUCAGGGGCGUCCUGGAGGGCACAGAGAGAUUCACAGAGCAGGAUGAGCAGCGGGUCGGGGAGAAGCUGAAGGAGCUAGAGUCUGCACUGCCUCGCAAUGGGCUGGGAAUUUCAGAAGCCGAAAGAGUGAUGAUCGUCAAAGCAAUGAACUUCCCGAAGGGGCACUGGUACAAAUGCCCCAACAAUCAUGUGUACGCCAUAGGAGACUGUGGAGGUGCCACGGAGAGACGGCACUGCCCAGAAUGCAAUGAAGCCAUAGGAGGUACCAACCAUACGCUGGUCAGCGGAAAUCAGGUGGCAUCAGAAAUGGACGGGGCACAACAUGCAGCCUGGUCUGAAGCCAACAACCUCCAGAACUUCGGAGGCUUGGGAUUUGCUUAGGAUGUGUAAAUCAGGGACAUAAUACAAAUAUUAAAGUACAGAGCUAGAGAAAUAAUUCCACUAGAUCUGACCUAACAGGAAGAACUGCAUUUUCUGUAAUUUUCUGCAAUUACUAAAAAAAAUGAAAUAUUGAAAGGAAUUAUAAUUCAGUGACAAAAGCUUUUGCAUUUUAGUUUCUGUUUGUAUAGUCAGCACUACUGAGUGUUUAAUAGUUAUGGAUGAAAAAAAUAACAAACACUCUGAUAUAAGUGAUUCAUUGAGAAUACUUUAUUAUUAAAAAGCAAGAAGUCAUCAAAAACUUCUUCAUGAAAGCCUUCAAAUACAUAGUCUAUAAUAUAAUAUAAUAUAAUAUAAUAUAAUAUAAUAUAAUAUAAUAUAAGCAGGGUAAGCAUUGUAAACCCCACAGAGGUCUUGUAAAGCACGUAAACUAUAGUAAAGUACGUUUAUCAUAAUGUGGCUUUAUGUAGGAACACAUGAGACCUAACAAUUGAUGGUAAUUGAUAUUAGGUAAGAUUUAGUGGAAUAUUUCUGUAAGCGGUGUGUCCUCUAAUAAAAAUAAAUGAUACUGGUAUUAGACUAUAUAUAAACUCAUUUUAAUAUAUUUAUAGAAAGAUUACUUUCUUGUUUUAACUUGUGCGUAUUUGUCAAAAGAAGAUACAAUAAUUGCAUUAUUUAAACCCUCGAUUUUAGAAAAUAAUGAUUUUGCUUUCAUUUAAAAUUAAACAGAACUUUUUAUUUGUGAAUGAACUUGUGUGUUUCAGUUAAUAACCAAUGAUACUUUCCUCCAAUCGGAUCACACUGUUGGGCUGCCCUGCCUACGUCUUAUCGUUGGGCUGCCCUGCCUACGUCCUAACGUCCUAAAGCCAAUCAGAUGGCCACUGUCUGAAAAUUCUAAAAUACUGUGCACAUGUGCAGUGGUUUUUACAAGUGUAAUGUGGAUAUCAAUCGAUUUCUCAUUGUCAGUGCCUGAACUGUGAGACUAAUAUUAGGGCUCUAUUUCAAUGAUCUAUGCGGCAGUGGAUUGAAAUAUCGCUGCUCUUUAAAUAGCAAUCCUGCUGGUUUCCUCAUUGCUAGUCUGAUUCAAGCAUGUUAGCAAAUAACGAUGUGUAGACAACAAUGCAAAAUCAUACAAAACACACCUAACAGGAUAAUGAGCAGAUCAUGCAUUCAAUAUUAAUGAAUAUACUGCUUCAAAUUGCUGUGCCCUUACAUCUGUGUGAUGUCUGCAAUUACUUACAUAUUUAGUUGACUUUGACUAUCAGUUUAGGAGCUGCUUUUCAGUUCUAAUUGCCUGCCAUAGACAUGUGUAACAUAGAAGUGUCUUCUUAACAGAAGUUAAUAACCAGCGACAUCUAGAGCACUGCAGUAUAUUGAAAAACAAAAUGAAACUUGAGCCAGAGUCAGAUCACUAGAUGGCACUGGCUCUUUGGCAUGCAUCUGUAGCAGGCAAGGAGAACUGAGGAGCAGCUGCUGAGCUAAUCGUGAAAGCACCACAGGCUUAAUAGCACAAGCACAGCAUGGGAGUCAUUUUAAUAAAACCACUCAGACCGAUUGCAAACAUAAAGGGGGACAUUAAAAACAUAUGACAUUUCAAUCUCUUCAGCAGUGAUGCAAUGGAAGAAGAGCUCAAUGGUAUUAAGAUCAGUAGGUAACAUUCUGAGAUGCUGCUCUCUAGAUAAGCAGGCUCCUAAUAGGGUUUAUAGUGUUAGUGUUUCUGGAGUUACUGUAGUGUGGUAUUGGAAUGCCUGCCAGCCCUUGAAAAUGAUAUGGCUUCACCUCAGCCAGCACAGUAUUUUUAUUUAUUUUAGAUACAUAUUUAUGGCUAUAGCACUAUUGAUUCCAACAGUACACAUGCUGGAUUGUGUUGCUGUACAAAACUGUGCAAUUUAAGGUUAUUGACAACAUAGAUGUAAUUUGUACCUGAAAAUAGUCAUUUAUAAAACCAACUGCCUUUAUCUAUAGCCAAAGCAGUACAAGUUUAAACUCUUUUUUUCUUUUUUUUUUUUUUUUUACCAAACAAUGUGUCAAUUUUUACAUUAUUGAAUAUGUUUCCCCAUGCACAGUAUAUUGAUAUAUUCUACGGUGCACUUAACUACUGUAUGUGGAGAGAAA